AUGGCUUCUACCGUCAACUCGGUGCCGGCUGCCAACAGUGCGUCUGGCAAUGCCGUGAAUCCUCAGAACCCCGGUACUAGACCUUCUUUGAGAUCCAGUGCUAGUACGAAGGCUUCGGAGGGCGGCCGGCGUCAAUCCGGUAGUCCUCUCGAGAGCGGGCAGAGACGCAGUAACUCCACCAAAGCUUGGUCUCACGGCGCAAACCCGAUCACACAGCGGGCCUCGUACUCACAGCAGAACGGCAACAUGUCUCACAAACAGUCCGCCUCUCCUCGACCGACUCCGAAAGAGUCAAACACCCCCGAUAACCACGCAAAUGACCGUCUUGUUUUCUUGUUUGCUAGCUUCAUUGGUUUGAAUGCUACGAUUACCACAAGAAAUGGGGAUAAAUACACGGGAAUUUUUUCGUCCUCGACGUUGGAACCUAGCGACUGUUCAUUCGUACUCAAGAUGGUGCAACGGCCCACCAAGGCGGAUCAGAACAAAGCGAAUGGGGUUAGUGAUGUCUCAAGCCCGUAUAUGGGGUCGGCGCCGGAUCAUAGCAUGUCCUUCGAUGUCAAGGAUGUGGUCGAUAUUUCGGUCCCGAACGUCACCCCGGCCGAUGUUACAGCAAAGAGCGCGAACGGGACGCCUGUAGGUUUCAAAACGGAUACUGACAUCUCCGGAAAUCUUGCGAUUCGCGAGCGGACCCUCAAGCGCUGGGAACCUGCCGCCGAUACGGACGUUGACCUCUCACUCGAAAGCGCGCACAAUUCAACUGGAUGGGACCAGUUCGAAGCAAACGCCAGACUCUUCGGUGCUACCAGCAGUUACGAUGAGAACAUCUACACCACUAGAAUCGAUCGGUCGGACCCUACCUAUAAACAGAAGGAAGCAGAUGCUGCUCGAAUUGCUCGCGAAAUCGAGGGCGCUACUACAGACAAUGCACAUGUUCGUGAGGAAAGAGGGCAGGUAUCGGCAGAUGAUCAUGAUGAGGAAGCUAAAUACAGCGGUGUCCGCCGUGAUGAGAGGAACUUCCCGCCGCUUGUUUCGGGCCAGCCAAAUAAGUACACUCCGCCAGCGCGCAGGCAAAACGCCGCUCAAUCUGCCAUGGCCUCGGGAGCUCCCGCAAGCUCUCUCAAACCGGUUCCUAGUGCUCCGAAAGAGGCUGUUGCCGCCGGACCGCCCAAGGAGAAUGGGCAGGCCCAGGCUCAGCCUGCACCGUCCAGUAUAACAGCAAGCUCUGCUGCCGAUACGGAACAAAAGCAGCCUGCCUUGUCCAAGACCACAUCUGGUGCCCCGGCUCCCGCAAAUGCUACUUCGAAUGUGGAGGCCGAGGUUCUCGACUCCUUCCGACAAUUCGCCCACAGUGAAAAGGCGAAGUUGCAAGAGCGCCGUCGUAACCAGGCUUCGUAUGAUCGAACCAUUAAGUUGAACGAACUUAUGAAGUUUUCCAAGAACUUCAAACUGGCAACGCCAGUGCCCAAGGAUUUGGUACCCAUCCUAGCUAAAGACCCGCACAAGCAGGAAGAAAUCAUCCAAAGAGCUCAGCAGCACGCUGAGGAGAAGGUUGUGACCAAGUCCCCAGCAAGCGCUGACUCGAAGCCCGCUGCUCGCCCAUCUGGAAACGCUCGCCAGGAGAGUGGAACGAUGCCGCCUCCUGCACAGGCUGACCGCCAGAACUAUCCUCGGGGUCGUCAAAUGUUUCCCCCAACCGGUCCACAUGCUGGACCGGGUGGGCGGCUUCCGCAGCAGCCCGUGCACCAGGGCCGUCAAGCCACUGGCAUGCUCGGCCAUCGUCUAGCAGAUAACAUACAGCAGCGAAAGGGAGCCGCGAUGGGAACUGUUCCCGCUCCCUUGCCUAUCAAUGAAGUUCGCAUUCCUCCAACUGGCCCAGCUGGCGAGCAGCCUGCUGUUACGAGCCCGAAUAAGGUGCAGACACCAACCUCGUCCGUAUCGACCAAGUUCAACGUGAGGGCCCUGGAGUUUAAGCCAAACCCCGCCGCAAGUACCUUUACACCCGGUGCUUCGUCCACCUCAUCUCCUUUCACCCGAGGACGCUCCGUCUCACGGACCACUAGCCCCUCGUUGUUCUUCGGGGCUAAGAAGCCAAGACCGAUUUCUGAGAGGCCGUCCCUUAAUGAUCAGUUCAACCCCAUUAAGCGCAUGAAGAAGGAAAAUGCGGAGUCAAAUGAAAAGGGAUUCGCCUUCAAUGGAGGCAUCCCGCCUGCUUACAGGACUCCCCCUACUUGGGAUGCCGCUCCCGGAAACGAAGAAAAGACUUACCUGGAAAUGUUCAAGCCGCCUGCUUCGGUGCCGGCCAUCUCUCCCCAGAGCCGCUCUGCGUCCAAUCCCCAGAUGCCUCCGCCGCAGAUGCCGUUCCAGUUCCCACAGAACACUCCCGGCAUGCCUCCCACCACUGGUCCACCACACGGGCCUCAUCUGCACCCUCAGCAGCAUCAUAAUUCCGGGCCCCCACACUUCGACGAUCCCCACCGCAUGCAGAUGUCUGCCUCGACCUCGCAAGUGUUCCCAUCCCCCAGGUUACAGCACGGUUACCCGUCCCCCAUGGCGCCACAUGCACAGCUUGCAUUUGGCCAAGCCAUGCCUCAGUUCUAUGUCAGCCAGGCCGGCACACAACCUGGACAUAUGAGACAUUACCCGGGCGGUCCCCAAUUCGUCAACCCCCAACCAACCAUGGGCGCUCCAAUGAUGGUUCAACAGCCAUCUAGCGGACCAUACAUGGGUGUUCCUCAAGGCGUGGCCCCCUAUACACCCCAGAUGCAGAUGUAUUCCCCAAAUCCUAGCCACGCGUAUCCCCAACAUGUGCCACCGCCCCAGCCUCACAGUGGCUAUCCCAGUCCCAGUCGGGGUGCUCCCAUGAUGAUGCACCAGAACUCUCAGCCCGGUCAGCCCCCCCAACCGGUGAUGUUCAUGUCCCCUGGGCAGCAUGGCCAGCCCGUAUACCCGACGCAGCAGCCUACUCACAUGCCCCCAGUCCGCGGCAAUUACCCUCAGCAGCAGCCCCAUUUCCAGUCCAGUCCCCACCAAGUGCACCAUUACCCACCCCACCAGCAUCGGACACCGAGUAGCGGUUACAACCAAAUGCCGCAGAUGCCUCCUCAAAUGCCUGCUCAACCCCCGUCUACUGUCGCAUCUGGACCUCAACCGCAAGAGGCAGCAGAUGAAGUGAAAUGA